AUGCUGCUCAAGGAGGCGACGGAGCGGCGAGGGCAGGUGGCGGCGCUCACGGCGCGCCUCGACGAGCUCUCCGCCGACGACGCCGCGCUGUCCGCCGCCGAGCGCGCGGUGGCGCAGGCCGCCCUCGCGGCGCCGCUCCGCGCCGCCGCCGACGAGGUCGCCGCGCUCCGUGCCCGCCUCGCCGCCGUCCAGGGGUCGCUCCGGGACGCGGAGUCGCGGGCGGCGCGGGAGGCGAGCGCCAGGGGCGAGGCCUACGCGCGGCUCGAGGAGGCCGCCGCGGAGAGGGCGCGGUCGCUGAAGCUGCUCCGGGAGAAGGAGGCGGAGGUGGCGGCCGUGUCCAGCGAGGUCGCGAGAUUGGAGGCCCUGUUGGCGGAGUUGCAGGGCAAGAACUCCGAGCUCUUCGGAGAGAAGGGUGAGCUGGCGGAGAAAUUGGAGGAGGCCAAGAAGGUGGUUCGGGUGGUGUCGAGUGAGAAGAUGGAGGUGGAGAGGCACCUGCAACAGUUCAGGAAGGCAGCUGAGACUUAUCGGGUGGAAAUGGAGUGCAAACUGAAGGCAAAGGUGGAGGAAUUGAAGGUGCUGGGUGCCAAGAAGGUGGAGAUUGAGGCCAGAGUAGAGUCAUUGGAGACGAAGCUGGUGGCUGCAAUGGCUGAGAAAAGGGAACUCGAGGCUGAGGUGGUGGCAAAGAAGAGGGAGUCUGAUUUGGUGAAGGGAGAAAAUGAUAAGCUCCAGUCUGAGGUUGUGGCUGCUGAGAAGAAGCACACAGUUGCUGUCGCAGAGGUUGAAAGUCUCAGGACGGAAUUGGGGACAGUGCUGACAGCGAAAGAGGCUGCUGCUAAGGCAUUUGAUGCUGAGAAGGCCAGACUUGUGGGCGAGUUGGAGGGCCUCAAGAGGAAGUUGGAGGAAACCCAGGCUGACAAGGAAGCAGCCGAGGGAGCGACUCGUGAGAAGGAUGCUCAGGCCGGUAAGCUGAGGGCCGAAUUGGAGGAGCUCCACACUUCCAUGUCCCAGCUCCAAGCUUCCUGCAAUGAUCUUGACAUGAAGCGUUUGCGCCUGCAUGAUGAGAAGAAUUCAGUUCUGAAGGCUCUGGAUGCUGAGAAGGCUGAAGCUGUAAAGCUGAGCUCAAAAAUUGAGGAGCUCGAGAAGUGCAAUGGGAAGAAGGAUGGUGACAUUGGGAAGCUGAAGGCAGCAUUGGAGGAAAAGAAGGGGAAGAUCAAUACCCUGAGCAAGGAUAUUGAGCUGCUGCAACUCGCAGUGGCUGAGGCUCAGAAAAGGAGGAAGGGUGGCAUCUGGACAUGGCUGUAUGCUGCUACCACAACCAUGGUGGCUGCCAUUUCCUUCAUAUAUGCCACCAGGUCCAAUUGA